UGAUAAUUUUACGCGCCGCGCAUGUGCGAAAUCCAAAAUGGCCACCCAUGUGUUUCGCAGGUUGCUGUUGCCGACAAACACGCCGGUUACGCUGAAUAUAGCUAGUUAUAACAUAAACAGAUAUUUCUGCGUCACAGCGCUCACUCGGUUUGCAGCAGCGGGACCCAGCACCGCCGCUAAAGCCACGUACAAACGUGAUAAACCCCAUAUGAAUAUUGGCACAAUCGGCCAUGUCGAUCAUGGGAAAACGACCUUGACAGCUGCAAUUACGAAAGUUUUAGAAUCAAAGAAAUUGGCAAAGUUUCUGAGAUACGACCAAAUUGACAGUUCUCCAGAAGAGAAGUCGCGAGGUAUCACAAUCAAUGCCACCAUUGUUGAUUACGAGACGGAAAAUAGACACUAUGGCCAUGUUGAUUGUCCAGGUCAUCAGGAUUACAUAAAGAACAUGAUCACAGGGGCAGCUCAGAUGGAUGGAUGCAUUCUUGUGGUCGCAGCCACUGAUGGCAUGAUGCCCCAGACCCGUGAACAUCUCAUUCUGGCCAAACAGAUCGGCAUCAAAAAAAUGGUGGUCUUCAUCAACAAGGUCGAUGCAGCUGAUGUUGAAAUGGUCGACUUGGUGGAAAUGGAAAUCCGUGAACUUUUGAAUGAGUUCGGUUUUGACGGUGACAACACACCCAUGAUCAAGGGAUCGGCUUUGAAUGCCCUGAACGGUGAAAAUGAAAAGUUAGGAAAGGAGAAAGUGCUUGAACUGUUAAAAUAUGUUGAUGAAUACUUGGAAUUGCCAAAGAGAGACUUGGACAAAGAUUUUUAUCUCGCUGUAGAAUCGGCCGUCAACAUCACAGGCCGUGGUACUGUGCUGACUGGAAAGUUAGAGCAGGGUGUGAUAAAGAAAGGGGAUGCCUGUGAGAUUGUAGGGUUCGACAAAAGAUUCAAGGGAACUAUACAAGGUAUCGAAAUGUUUCGACAGAUGUUAGACCGAGGAGAGGCAGGGGACCAAAUGGGGUGUCUCGUUAAGGGAGUCAAAAGGGAAGAGGUUAAGCGGGGCAUGGUUCUCAGCAAGCCGGGUCUCUUCAACAUGUACAACUAUAUCGAAGCGCAAGUAUAUCUCCUGAAACCUGAGGAAGGGGGUCGAAAAAGACCUUUGAUGCCCUUGCAGCAGCUGGUGGUGUACGACAAAAGUUUCGCAGUUCCGGCCGAUAUUGAGAUUCCAAAUGCUGAGAUGAUUAUGCCUGGGGAGAACGCGAUAAUGAGGCUCGUAUUCCGGACAGGGCUGCCUAUGCUUGAAGGAGACCGGUUCACGCUGCGAGACGGGGCAAGCACGGUGGGUUACGGGGUCAUCUCCAAGUUGCUGCCCAAGAGGAAUCUGGAGGAGAUAGAUGCCCUGAAGAAACAGAAAAAGAAGGCCAAGAAGCUUGCAGCAGAAGAAGCAAAGUAAAGUGCGAGCUGAGGAAUGUUGCAUUAAAAUACUGUUACAAAUUUAUUGUACUUAACAGUUCAAGUGAAUAAUAUUGCUAUAAGAAAGGCUAAAGAUGACAAAGUUUUGGCAGAUAUGUAUUUCAUGCAAAAAUAUACCAAAAGUUUUAAGUACCGGGUAAAUAAUUGUGAAUUUUAAUUAGAGAAAGGGCUGUUUAAUUAGAACAAUAUUCAUAUAUAGUUGUCCAUUUAUUAACCAGGUUUUCCGAAGGAAAAAACUGGUUAUUAGAUUGGCGAAUGCGGGCGGGCUGGCUGGCUGGCUGGCUGGCGGGCUGGCUGGCGGGCUGGCGGAAUAAGCUUGUCCGGGCCAUAACUAUGUCAUUCAUUGUCAGAUUUUAAAAUCAUGUGGCACAUUUGUUCACCAUCAUUGGACGGUGUGUCGCGCGAAAUAAUUACGUCGAUAUCUCCAAGGUCAAGGUCACACUUUGAGUUCAAAGGUCAAAAAUGGCCAUAAAUGAGCUUGUCCGAGCCAUAACUAUGUCGUUCAUCGUCAGAUUUUAAAAUCAUUUGGCACAUUUGUUCACCAUCAUUGGACGGUGUGUCGCGCGAAAUAAUUACGUCGAUAUCUCCAAGGUCAAGGUCGCCACGACUAAAAAUAGAUUUAAAAAAAACAAAAAACUUACAAAGGGGGUUAUUUUUUUUUGGUCAUUUCAAAAGUUCAGUUUGAGUUUUCUCCCUUUAUCAGAUUUUUUUUCACAAUGAAAACCUGGUUUUGUGACAAUUUUGUCCCUUGUUUAUGUUAUAAAGUCAUGUAAGGGUGACAGAAAAAAGAAGAAAAAUAUACAUGUACCGAAAGUUUUCGGUGUUAAAUUUAAAUAUUCAGGAUAUAAAGCAAGAAGACAGUCUAGUAUUUAAUAUUUUUGUUGUUAAUAAUACAAAAAAUAGUGAAUUAAAAAACAUGUUUUAAUUCAAAACAAUUGACCUACAUGUACACAUGUAUUUAACUGACUAGUCCUUCAUUGACUGAGUAUACCUAUUUUGAGAGUUUUGGAAAUAAAAUGUAUGCAUAUUUUUGUUGACCAUCAUUUUCACACUUAUUUGUUGCAUUGUUUUGAGUUCAUAACAUUAACAUUAUGACAUUGCUAUCUCCCAAUUUACUGAACAAAGUGUGGGCAUCUCUAUGGCUUUACAGACUUGUUAGUGAGAUAGAGUCAUCUCCCAUGUUUGUCAAAUAAACUGAAUAAAACAUUUCAUGGUAGAA